AUGUGUGUCACCAACAUCUACGUCGACAGAUACCCGGACGGGCGUGAGAUCGAGUACCGUCACCUCUCCACCUGCCAGUACGGCUCACCAGGCAGGCCAUGCUCAGCCCAUUCCACCCUCGAAAACCCUGUUCGCAGGAUCCAAUACAACGAGCCCUCAUCCCAAUACAUGUUCAACCACCCCGUCUUUCCAUCCACCCCUCCUCGGUCUCCCCGUCUAUCGGGACGCCGCUACUCGGGAACCUCCUACCGCCAACCCUCCCGCUCCCGCUCCCGUUCCGACGACGGCCGCCCGUACCGGCACGAGCAGCGGCCCUCCCUGAAACCUCCGCGCCAGCACCGCCAGGAGCGCAUCAUCAUCGUCGACGCGCCCCCCACCCCCACCACCCCACCGCAACUCUUCGCCCCGACCUUCUCCGCCCCCUCCUCUCCCGACCCCCGCGGCCGCCCCGUCAUCGUCGACGAGCGGCCCCGCGCCCCCUCCCCUCGCCGCGCCAGGCCCGCCCCUGCCUGGGACACGCCGUCGGCAUCGCACACGAGCUUUGACCUGCGCGCGGGCGAGAGGACACGCCGGCAGCGCGACAUCGACCGGGACGAGGAGGCCCGGCGCGCGCGCCGCAUCGCCGAGGCCAAUGAGGAUAUCAAGCGCCGGGCCGCGGUGCCCCUCGCGCCACGGGCGACAUAUGUGCGUCCGGUGAUCGAGCAGGUGCAGGGACUGCCGGAGCGGCUAGGGGGGCUGUCGCUCGAGGAGAGGGGCGAGGCGGAGAGGCGGCGCGAGAGGGAGAGGGAGAGGGCCAUGAAGCAGAAGUUGGAGGCGGAGGAGGAGGAGGCCAUGAAGAGGCGGUUGAGGGAGAGGCAGAUGCCGCGGCGGCGGUUCACGGUCGGGCCGGGACAUCGGCGGCAUCGGGUGCUCUACGAUGAUGGGCUUUAUAGGUGGGAGUAG